UCAACAUGCUGUCACUGGACUAUUAUGGACUGUCUCUACUGUUACUAUCCAUUCUAACAGGUAUCAGCUGUGAAGAACUCACUCCAGUCAAGAAUGAAGAGUUCAGUUUAGAAGGCAGCACUGUUACUCUGUCCUACACAUACUCCAAAGCUGCUACUUAUACUGAUUAUUUCUUCUGGUAUCGACAAUAUCCAGGAAAACCACCAGAGUUCCUCAUACUUCACUUGGGAACACAAAAUGCAAAAAAGUGUGGACUGUCUGUUAAAGUGAGUGAGGAUAAAACCCGAAUGGAUCUGCAGAUCUCCUCUGCUGCAGUGACAGACUCUGCUGUGUACUACUGUGCUGUGAGGCCCACAGUGACAGCAAACCCACAGUCUCUAGUCAAAAUCAGAACUAUUCUAGAUCUGGAGCUAGAGUGUAAAGGAGAAGAGAGAGUGAUCCAGCCAACAGGACAUGUCAUUGCUACUGAUGGAGACACAGUGACACUUGGCUGUACAUUUGAUAACAGUGACCCAGGUCCCACUUUGUUCUGGUACAAACAGGAUGGAGACAACAGCCCCAAAUUCAUACUGAGCCGCUUUAAACUGGACCAAGGGAACACACCAGACGAGUUUAAGGAGAGAUUUUCAUCCACACUGGAUUCCACCUUAAAAUCAGUUCCUCUGAAGAUCCAGAAGCUUCAGCUGUCUGACUCUGCUGUGAGGAGCAAAACUGUGACUCAAGUACAGAAAAUAAAAACUUUCACAGUGGUGUUUCAUACAAAAACCAGGCAGAUUCUCUUUAUCUUUAAGAUGCUGUCAGUGAACUUCAGUCUGUUUGUGACUUUGUUUCUGCUCACAAUAAGAGGUGUCAGCUGUGAAGAACUCACUCCAGAUAACGAUGAAGAGUCCAGUUUAGAAGGCAGCACUGUUACCCUGUCCUACAAAUACUCCAAACAAGCAACUGCUCUUGAUUAUUUCUUCUGGUAUCGACAAUAUCCAGGAAAACCACCAGAGUUCCUCAUCUCUCAUUCAGGAAAAGGAACAUUAUUAAAGAAUCUAAUCCCGAGACUGCAGAUUAAAGUGGAGCAAAACCAAAUCAAUCUGCAGAUCUCCUCUGCCGCAGUGACAGACUCUGCUGUGUACUACUGUGCUGUGAAGCCCACAGUGACAGGAAACAUCAAGACUCUGUACAAAAACCUUUGGAGCAAAGAGAAUACUCCACAACGUCCACUAGAGGGAGUCACACACUGUUAACCUUCAAUGUAUUUUAUGAUACAGUCUGGACUCUCAUGAGACACAGCUGUGAUUUAGAGCUUCAGAAAUGAAUCUAAUUUGACGUAUGCGUCUCCUCCUCCUUCUUGGCAGAGAACUGUUUGAUUCCAGCUGUGAACAUCAGACCAAACAA